AUGGUUACUUGGGCCCUACUGCUUACUCUGCUCGUGGCCGUGGCCCAGGCCCAGGUCUGCUCUGUGAAAAAGACCUUCUUCGAAGUCAAUGAGAACACGAGUCCCGGGCAGCCCCUCCUCAACAUCACCAUCCCUGAGGGCCAGCAGGUGACCCUCGGACCGUCGUCCACCCGUUUCGCAUUUCGGAUCCAGGGGACUCAGCUGUUUCUCAAUGUGACCCCGGACUACGAGGAGAACUCAAUGCUGGAAGCGGUCCUGGAGUGCAAGAGGGAUGACACUGUGGUGACCCAGCUGAAGGUGCUUGUGUCAGUGCUGGAUGUCAACGACAACCCGCCCACGUUCCCCUUUGUAGUCAAGGUCCAAAGGGUGCCAGAGGACACUAAAGUGAAUGCCCUCGUCAUCCCCGAGACCGAGCUGAAGGCCCAGGACCUCGACAAAAGUGACAUCCUGUUCUACACCCUCCAGGAAGUGACCCCGGGUGCCAGCGGCUUCUUCUCUUUGGUGGGUGCGAACCGCCCAGAGCUGCGGCUGGACCGGUCACUGGACUUCGACAGGUGGCAGAACAUGACCUUCCAGCUGCUGGUCCGGGACACGCGAGAGGAGAACGUGGAACCCAGCCACACGGCCACGGCCACCUUGGUCCUGGAGGUGCAGCCCGCCGACCUGCGACCCCCCUGGUUCCUGCCCUGCAUGUACUCUGACGGUUUUGUCUGCAUCGAAGCCCAGUACCACGGGGCUGUGCCCACAGGCCACGCACUGUCAGGACCCCUCAUCCUGCAUCCUGGGCCCAUCUACGCCGUGGACGGGGACUGGGGCAUCAAUCAACCCAUUGUGUACAGCAUCUUCAGGGGAAACGAGGACAGCUCGUUCUCCAUUGAUGCCGGCACAGGCAACCUCACCGUGACCAAGAGCAUCCCUAGCCCCAAGACCUUCCUUCUGCUGGUCAAGGGCGAGCAGGCGGAUCGCGCCAGGUACUCGGUGACCCAGGUCACGGUGGAGGCCCGGGCCGCCAGUGGGAGCCCGCCCCGCUUCCCCCAGAGCCUGUACCGUGGCACCGUGGCGCGUGGCUCUGGGGUAGGCGUGGCCAUCAAGGAUGCAGCUGCCCCCUCCCAGCCUCUGAGGAUCCGGGCCCAGGAUCCUGAGUUCCCAGACUUCAACUCGGUCAUCACGUAUCGGAUCACCAACAACUCUAACUUCAGAAUGGACGGGGAGGCUGUGCUGACUAGAGCUUCACUGGUGCACGCCGGGGUCUUCUAUGCAGAGGUUGAGGCCAGGAACACGGUGACCUCAGGCACGGCGACCGCGGUCGUGGAGGUUCGAGUCUCAGAACAGGAACCCACCCCUGCAGGCCCCCCCACUUCCCCAGAGACAGCAGGAACAACCAGAGCUUCCAGCGGCACCACGUCGGAAGCCGCCCGGCCCCCUGAGCCCUCUCGGGGGUCCUCCACGACCAGCUCUGGGGGGGACAGCGGCCCGCACCCCUCCUCCACGACCAGCUCUGGGGGGGACAGCGGCCCGCACCCCUCCUCCACGACCAGCUCUGGGGGGGACAGCGGCCCGCACCCCUCCUCCACGACCAGCUCUGGGGGGGACAGCGGCCCGCACCCCUCCUCCACGACCAGCUCUGGGGGGGACAGCGGCCUGCACCCCUCCUCAGGCACAACUCUGAGGCCUCCGGCCUCCUCCACGCCUGGGGGGCCCCCCAGUGCGGGAACCAGCCCCUCCCCGCCAUCAGCCUCUCCCAGCGGGGGCUCAGCACAGACCUCGAAGCCAGGAACCUAUCUGCCAAUGUCCCCUGGGCCCAGCAGGACCCUCCGGCCCGCAGGGACGCCUGGGACCGGAGGAAGCAGUCCAGGCAUAGACCACGUUGAGGGCCGGCGCUUCUCGGUGGUGGAGAUGGCGGCGCUGGGAGGGGUGCUGAGUGCACUGCUUCUUCUGGCUCUGAUCGCCCUCACAGUCCUCGUCCACAAGCACUAUGGCCACCGACUCAAGUGCUGCUGUGGCAAAGCGCUGGAGCCCCAGCCCCAAGGCUUUGACAACCAGGCCUUCCUCAACAACCCCGACGAGGCCAGCUGGGCGCCGGCUCCUAGCCCCUCAUCCAGUCCCGUCCCGCCGGCUCCCCCAGAGCCUGCACCCCCAGAACCCAAGCCCCCCAGCCCGGAGACCUUCCGCCGAGUCCCUGAGUCCCCCGCGGUGGCCCUGGAUGGGGACGGCCCGGCAGCUGUGAGGUCCAUCCUGACCAAGGAGCGGCGGCCUGAGGGUGGCUACAAGGCGGUGUGGUUUGGCGAGGACAUCGGGGCCGAGGCCGACGUGGUGGUCCUCAACACGCCUGCCUCGGAAGUGGACGGUGCUGGCGACGAGGGCAGCGAAGGCAGCGGGGACGAGGGCGCAGAGGCGGGCCCGCGCGGGGGUGCCCAGGACGCGCCUGGCUCCAACUCCGUCUACCUCUAG